CUGCUUAAAGCUCUCGAUCAAGCCGGCGAUAUGUCGCUAUUCUCGAAGUUUUUGAAGUUAAGCGGCAGGCCGUUAACCUCACGACGGAUUCACAGUGCUACCGACCCAGAAGGGAGUUCCAGGAGGACAUGGGCUUUAAUUGGCAGACCACUGCGAUGGAUAUACUGGCUUCCUCUUGGCCUGGGCUUCACACAGUACUUCUAUACUCUGAAAACGGUCAGAGGAAGGAGCAUGCAGCCAACUCUAAAUCCGGAUACUUCAAGUUGGGAUGAUAUUGUUAUUUUUGACAGAUAUUCCAUCAACUCUGGAGAGCCUAUUCGAAAAGGCGACAUUGUGGCACUUCAGGAUCCUAUAAAUAGUAGAAAAAUGCUCGUGAAGCGAGUCGUAGCUGUGGCAGGGGAUAUUGUCAAAACCCUACCUCCAUAUCCUGAUGCCGAAGUUUUCAUCCCCGAAGGUCAUGUUUGGGUGGAGGGUGACGAACCCUUCCGGACUCUUGAUAGCAAUAAAUUUGGCCCAGUCCCCCUUGCUCUUUUAGACUCCAAGUUGAUGUAUAUCGUCUGGCCAUUGGAUCGUAUAGGGCCUCUGCGUCCACCGAUCUCCCCAGUCUCCAAGAGAGGUGCUUCCCGAGAUUUUCGAUGGUAUAGCGACAUGGCAGCCUUCGAACGAGAGCAACGUAGGCAGUCGAGGGUAACUACACGCUCGACGACGACGUCUCACUCGUAACCUAGCUGGCUUUUGCAAGGUAUAUUACUAUUCAAGCAAUGGGUCUGCUAUGACGGACCUCCUCCUUGUUAAUAUAUGUGUGUUCAUCAUAGCGUUCCCCCUGGAGUGGUGACUUUUCGGUUUAUCGUCUUGAUUCUAUCGACCUCUGUAGGGAAUAUAUUUCCGCAAAGAAACCUUGACUGGCAAGUGCCCCCGUAGGAAGCACAAAUAUAGUAUCAGAAGAAUUCCUUGGUCGGGUUUUACUCUGC